AUGGCGGACUCAGUCGACCGAGUAUUCGUCCAUGCUCUCAACACCGUCAAAAAGCUACCGAGGUCCGGGUCCUCACGGCCGCCGCCAGAGGACAGAUUAAAGCUAUAUGGAUUAUAUAAACAGUCAAUGGAGGGGGAUGUUGACGGUGUGAUGCCACGGCCUACAGGGCUUAGUGAUGAGGAGGUCACAGAAGCCAAAAAGUGGGACUCAUGGCACGAACAAAAGGGCCUGUCAAAGACCGAAGCCAAACGGCGAUAUAUCACAACAUUGAUAGAUGCUAUGCACCGCUUCGCAGUCACCACUCCAGAUGCAAAAGAACUUGUCGCCGAACUCGAAUUCGUCUGGGACCAAAUCAAAUCCAACCAAACUUCCUCUUCCUCAUCCACUACAGCUGCCCCGGCACAGCAACAGCAAGCCCUUUUGUCAUCGGCUGCGACUACCCCACGAAGACAACCCGCCAGUGGUCUAUCACACUCUCAAAAUAUCUCUGCAACAGGCUUGCAAAUCCUCCCACCGAUGAGCCCCACCGAGGAAGGAAGACGAUUCACAAACUUCCCGCCAGUAGGAAUGGGUGUCCAAACCGACUCCGAAGAAACUGGGAACCGUCCGGACACCGGUGACGACGACGAGGAUGAGGACGAGCACUACGAGACAAUGGAUGAAUUCGACGAAAACGGGUUACCAAAGGUCACGGUCAUCAACGAACCAGCAGGAUUUAAAGAAGGUGGCAGUACUGGGAACUUAAUACGUAGUAUCAACACCCAAACCGCCGUAGGUGGAGGAGGAGGAAGUGGCGUAGAAUCAGACAUCCUAAGGCAGAAGAAACAACAUAUUAAACACCUGAGUUCCUCGCAAUUUACCACGACCAAAAAGUCACUGGCAGCAUUAUCAUCGACCGGAUCAAUGCCUCGUACCAACCCACAACAACAACAACCGACGAAUGGACAGACCUCCCGUGAGAAUGCGCACUACACACGCUGGAAGCAACGCGUUGAAGUUGCACUUACGAAGAUGACGGCAGAGGUAGCAGCGCUAAGAGAACAGUUGGAUGUUGCUAGAAAUUUGAAUGGAGGCGGCAUGAACCUAUCAAGAGGGCGAUUGAAUUGGAUAAGAAGGUGGAUCGGCUGGGGCGUUUGGACGGUAUUGAAACACAUCGUUAUCGAUGCGAUUCUAAUAGGGGUAUUGGUAGUCUGGAUGAGGAAAAGAGGGGAUAAAAGAGUUGAAGGCGUAUUAGGAUUACUCGGUGGAUUCCUAAGUGAGAGAUUGAGGCUAAAGAAGGAUGUACCGGAUGUGAGCAGAACAUUUGUCAUUGCAUAA